GAACACUAGUAUAAGGACGGAACUCCAAAAUCAUCAUCGCUUCAGUCAGGAUGAGAUAAUCAUACAAUAAAUAAACAAGUGAGAGACGCAUGGCCGCCGGCUGGGGGUCAGAAUUUGAGAGUAGUGCUUAGUGGUCAUGGUGAUUUCUACGAGCUGCCCUAGGUUUUGAGGGUUAAGUUGUGUACGGGCUGUGAAAAGGAUCGGAAGUGGGGUGGGACCCGUGCAACAGAUUUUGCCCUAGCGGCUUCCAAGAGCCGCAUCGUGAAUCACACCCUGCCGAGGUGUGAGCUAAGCUGGUGAUUUGUUUAUUUUUAUGGGGGUGGGAAUUGUCACGUAACAAGGUACCACCUAAGCUAUAAGCUGCUUCUGCUCUCGCCCAGCUGUCCGUCAAUUAUCACGAGACCUUUGGAGGUUGGGGAAAGACAGGUGUGGAGGGGUAAGAAUAGGAAUGUAGGUAAAGGGGACGCAUAUGUGAGGUAGAUACGGGGCUGAGAGAAGUGGGUUGGGGCCAGGCUGGGCCAAGGUGCGCCCACGAUAAGCUUGCUAUAUAAGGAUAAUUGGGGCUUUGUUGGAACAAAGAAGUAAUGGUGGCGGAAGGAGGACAUAUGCUUGCCCCAUAUGCUUUAGUUUAGUUUCUCUCUUUCUUUUUUAACUCCCGAUCUCGGCUCCGCGUUUUCACGAGCACCAACAGAGUGUGAUAGAUAUUGAGACAGGAGGGAGGGCGGUGAGGGGGAAGAUUAAGAUUUUGAAAACAUAAAGAUCGAAUCUUGAAUGGAGGCGGUAGUGUUGGGUAAGGGGGGAACGAUCUGGGGGAAGGGGAGAAAUGAGGGGCGGGGGGUGGCGGUGCAGCCCUGCUCUGUGGGGCGUUUGAAAUGGGGAGGAGCGGCGCGGGUGACGAAUCCGUUGGUGUCGGCAAGCAGGAGAAUGCAAUACGUAUGGCGGUCGGAAGGGCCGGGAAGACAGGCCAGGCUGAGGCAUUGUCGGAAGGUGCGUGCUAUGGCGUUAUCAGAGGUGCCGAGUGGGCGCCUGGGCUUGUAUGAUCCGUCGAUGGACAAGGACUCGUGCGGCGUGGGCUUUGUUGCUGAUCUCUCUUCACGCCCCACUCGCAAAACGGUGGAGGAUGCCUUGGAAAUGCUUGUUCGCAUGGCGCACCGUGGCGCCUGCGGUUGCGAGACUAAUACAGGUGAUGGUGCUGGAAUUCUCGUUGCACUUCCACACCGCUUCUUUGUACAGGCUGUUAAGGAUUGUGGAUUUGAUUUGCCACCUGCGGGAGAGUAUGCAGUUGGAAUGUUCUUCUUGCCAACGUCUGAAACCAGAAGGGAAGAAAGCAAAAAUGUUUUUAACAAGGUUGCAGAGUCAUUGGGACAUGUUAUUUUGGGCUGGCGUCAUGUGAAAACAAACAACACAGAAUUGGGUAAAUCCGCUCUUCAAACAGAGCCUGUUGUUGAACAAGUUUUUCUUACAGCAAGCUCCAGAUCUAGUGCAGACUUUGAGCAACAGAUGUACGUAUUGAGAAGGACCUCAAUGGUGGCCAUAAGAGCUGCAUUAAACUUGCAGCAUGGAGGAGUGAGAGAUUUCUACAUAUGCUCCCUUUCGUCAAGGACAAUUGUAUAUAAAGGUCAACUCAAACCUGAUCAGUUGAAGAACUAUUACUUCGCAGAUUUGGGUCAUGAAAAGUUUACUAGCUACAUGGCUUUGAUUCAUUCUCGGUUCUCAACAAACACAUUUCCAAGCUGGGAUCGAGCUCAGCCUAUGCGUAUCUUGGGGCAUAAUGGGGAGAUAAAUACUCUGCGUGGAAAUGUCAAUUGGAUGAGAGCACGUGAAGGACUGUUAAAAUGUCAGAACCUUGCUCUUUCAAAGGAUGAGAUGCAGAAGCUUCUUCCUAUUGUGGAUGCAAGUUCUUCAGAUUCAGGGGCUUUUGAUGGUGUAUUAGAGCUUCUUGUUCGUACUGGGAGAAGUCUUCCUGAAGCGAUAAUGAUGAUGAUUCCCGAGGCAUGGCAAAAUGAUCAAAACAUGGAUCCUGAUCGACGAGCCUUAUAUGAAUAUUUCUCAGCUUUGAUGGAGCCAUGGGAUGGGCCAGCCCUUGUGGCAUUUACUGAUGGCCGCUAUCUUGGAGCAACAUUGGACCGCAAUGGACUUCGUCCUGGCCGUUUCUAUGUAACCCACAGUGGGCGAGUUAUCAUGGCAAGUGAAGUGGGAGUUGUAGACAUUCCAUAUGAGGAUGUUUGCCAGAAGGGAAGGCUGAACCCUGGCAUGAUGCUGCUCGUAGAUUUUGAUAAACAUGUCAUUGUAGAUGAUGAGGCUCUGAAAAAACAAUUCUCUGGCUUACGGCCCUAUGGAGAAUGGCUAAAAAGACAGAAGAUCACCCUCAAAGAAAUUGUUGACUCUCUACCAGAAUCAGAGAGGGUACCUGAACCAAUAAUUGGAUCUAUGAAGGUUGAUGGAUCUGAUAAUACAAUGGAAAACAUGGGAAUACAUGGUUUGUUAUCACCAUUGAAGGCUUAUGGGUACACAAUUGAAGCUUUGGAAAUGUUACUGCUUCCUAUGGCAAAAGAUGGGACAGAGGCACUUGGUUCAAUGGGGAACGAUGCACCUUUAGCUGUGAUGUCAACUAGACCAAAAAUUAUCUUUGAGUACUUUAAGCAAAUGUUUGCUCAAGUGACAAAUCCACCAAUUGAUCCGAUUCGUGAAGCUAUCGUCACGUCAAUGGAGUGCAUGAUUGGUCCAGAAGGGGAUCUUACAGAAACUAGUGAGAAACAGUGUCAUCGGAUUUCUCUGAAGGGCCCUCUUCUUUCCAUUGAAGAAAUGGAAGCAGUUAAAAAGAUGAAUUUUCGUGGUUGGCGUAGCAAAGUGCUUGAUAUAACAUUUCCUAAAGAACAAGGAACCAAAGGUUUGGAAGCGACUUUAGAUAGAAUAUGCUCAGAAGCCCGCAUUGCAAUUUGUGAAGGUUACAAAACACUGGUACUGUCGGAUAGAGCCACAUCAUCCAAGCGGGUUCCUGUCAGCUCUCUGUUAGCAGUGGGUGCAGUGCAUCAUCAUCUUGUCUCAUCUUUGGAGCGUACUCGAAUUGGACUAGUUGUGGAAUCUGGGGAACCCCGCGAAGUCCAUCAUUUCUGCACACUUGUAGGUUUUGGUGCAGAUGCAAUAUGCCCAUACUUGGCAAUUGAAUCAAUAUGGAGACUACAUAUUGAUGGUAAAAUCCCUCCAAAGAAGAAUGGCAUUUUCCAUUCCAAAGACGAACUGGUUCGAAAGUAUUUCAAAGCAAGUAAUUCUGGCAUGCUGAAGGUUAUAGCAAAGAUGGGAAUUUCUACUCUAGCAUCUUACAAAGGGGCUCAGAUUUUUGAGGCACUUGGGCUUUCUUCUGAGGUGGUUCAAAGGUGUUUUGUUGGAACACCAAGUCGGGUGGAGGGUGCAACAUUUGAGAUGCUUGCUCGGGAUAUGCUUCAAUUGCAUGACUUGGCAUUCCCUAGCCGACUCUUACCUGAAGGAAGUGCUGAUGCCCAAGCUUUGCCCAAUCCUGGUGAUUAUCAUUGGCGUAAAGAUGGUGAAGUGCAUCUUAAUGAUCCACUUGCUAUUGCAAAACUGCAAGAGGCAGCACGUACAAAUAGUGUUGUAGCUUAUAAACAAUAUUCUAAAAUAGUUCAGGAUUUAAACAAACAUUGCAAUUUGAGAGGCAUGUUGAAAUUUAAGAAAUCAUUGGAUAAGAAGAUUUCCUUGGAUGAAGUUGAACCAGCUAGUGAGAUUGUGAAGCGAUUCUGCACGGGUGCUAUGAGUUAUGGGUCAAUUUCAUUAGAGGCUCAUACAACAUUGGCUAUUGCUAUGAACAAGAUUGGAGGGAAGUCCAAUACAGGUGAAGGAGGAGAGAAUCCAUCUCGCUUGCAACCACUUCCGGAUGGUUCCAUGAAUCCUAAAAGAAGUGCAAUCAAGCAAGUCGCAAGUGGACGUUUUGGCGUUUCUAGCUAUUACUUGACCAAUGCAGACGAGCUUCAGAUUAAGAUGGCCCAGGGAGCAAAGCCUGGUGAGGGUGGUGAACUUCCAGGCCAUAAAGUCAUUGACGACAUUGCUGUCACAAGAAAUUCUACUGCUGGUGUAGGACUAAUUAGUCCUCCUCCACAUCACGAUAUUUAUUCUAUUGAAGAUCUUGCACAACUUAUAUAUGACCUGAAGAAUUCCAAUCCUAGAGCUCGUAUCAGUGUAAAGUUGGUCUCUGAAGCUGGGGUUGGAGUGAUUGCCAGUGGUGUGGUGAAAGGUCAUGCAGAACAUUUACUAAUUUCAGGACAUGAUGGGGGUACAGGGGCAUCUCGUUGGACAGGCAUAAAAAAUGCUGGGCUACCAUGGGAACUUGGUCUGGCAGAGACUCACCAGACCCUAGUUGCCAAUGAUUUACGUGGUCGCACAGUUCUACAGACAGAUGGGCAGCUAAAGACUGGAAGAGAUGUCGUUAUAGCAGCUCUACUUGGUGCAGAAGAGUUCGGUUUUAGUACAGCACCUCUGAUCACUCUGGGUUGCAUCAUGAUGCGUAAAUGUCACAAGAACACAUGUCCAGUUGGCGUUGCUACUCAGGAUCCUGUUUUGCGAGAGAAAUUUGCAGGAGAACCAGAACAUGUGAUCAAUUUUUUGUUUAUGGUUGCAGAAGAGGCUCGUGAACUUAUGGCUGAGAUGGGUUUCAGGACCGUGGAUGAUAUGGUGGGCCAUGCAGAAAUGCUGGAGAUGGAUGAAGAAGUCAUUAACAGUAGUGAGAAGCUUGAAAAUAUUGAUCUCUCUUUACUACUGCAACCUGCAUCAGAGAUUCGCCCAGAGGCAGCUCAACAUUGCAUUCAGAAACAAGAUCAUGGAUUGGACAUGGCAUUGGAUCAAGAGUUAAUUAGAUUAUCAAAGCCAGCCAUAGAGAAAAGGCUUCCAGUUUAUGCGGAAAUGCCAAUUGGGAAUGUUAAUAGGGCUGUUGGCACAAUGCUUAGCCAUGAAGUCACAAAAAGAUACAAUAUGGAGGGUUUGCCUACGGACACUAUUCAUGUUAAACUAAGAGGAAGUGCAGGUCAGAGUCUUGGGGCAUUCCUUUGUGCAGGAAUUACCCUGGAGCUGGAAGGUGAUAGCAACGAUUAUGUUGGUAAGGGUUUAUCAGGAGGUAAGAUUGUAGUUUACCCUCCAACAAUUAGUCAGUUUGAUCCCAAAGAGAACAUUGUCAUUGGCAAUGUUGCACUGUAUGGAGCUACUGGUGGUGAAGCAUAUUUCAAUGGAAUGGCAGCAGAAAGGUUUUGUGUGAGAAAUUCUGGUGCCAAAGCAGUUGUGGAAGGAGUGGGAGAUCAUGGAUGUGAAUACAUGACAGGUGGAACUGUGGUUAUCCUAGGCAAGACAGGGAGGAAUUUUGCAGCUGGCAUGAGUGGUGGAAUUGCCUAUGUUUUUGAUGUAGAUGGAAAGUUCAGUUCUAGGUGCAAUGCAGAGUCAGUAUAUCUUGAAAAAGUUGAAGAAGAAGAAGAUAUUUUAACAUUGAAGGCAAUGAUACAACAGCAUCAGCGCCACACAGACAGUGAGCUGGCAAAAUAUGUUCUUACAGAUUUUGGAACUCUUCUUCCAAAAUUUGUAAAAGUAUUCCCAAAAGACUAUAAAAGGGUGCUACAAGAAAUGAAGGCUAACAAUAUUAUUAAGGAAGCAGAGAAGGCCGAACUAAUGAAAAAAGAUGCUUUUGAGGAGCUGAAGAAAAUGUCUGAAGUUACUUUAAAUGCACGUGGAAGUGAUGAGAAGGUUUCAGAGCAAAGCAAACUGAAAGUUGUAGCACAGAGGCCUACAAAAAUUGAUGAUGCAGUUAAGAAUGGUGGUUUUAUGAAGUAUGAGCGUGAGAGUGUUUCCUAUAGAGAUGCGGUGGUACGAAUAAAUGACUGGAAAGAGGUUGUUGAGGAAACACGGCCAGAUGCCCUGCUGAAAACACAGUCAGCUAGGUGUAUGGACUGUGGAACACCCUUUUGUCAUCAGGAUAACAGUGGAUGUCCACUUGGAAACAAAAUACCGGAGUGGAAUGAAUUAGUGUAUCAAGGCCGCUGGCGAGAAGCCUUGGAUAGGCUGUUGGAAACAAACAAUUUUCCUGAGUUCACAGGGCGUGUAUGCCCUGCCCCCUGUGAGGGUUCAUGUGUACUGGGAAUUAUUGAAAAUCCUGUAUCCAUUAAAAGUAUUGAAUGUUCCAUCAUUGAUAAAGCUUUUGAAGAAGGAUGGAUGAUUCCUCGCCCACCUGUGAAACGUACAGGGAAAAAAGUUGCUGUAGUUGGAAGUGGGCCAUCUGGUCUGGCUGCAGCUGACCAACUCAAUAAAGCAGGGCACUCUGUUACUGUAUAUGAACGAGCUGAUCGAAUUGGAGGUCUGAUGAUGUAUGGGGUGCCUAAUAUGAAGACAGACAAGAUUGAUGUUGUGCAGCGCCGUGUUGAUCUAAUGAAAGACGAAGGUGUCAACUUUAUUGUGAGUGCAAAUGUCGGUGUUGAUCCACUUUUCUCUGUGGAUAGGCUUCGUGCAGACAAUGACGCUCUUCUCCUUGCAUGUGGUGCAACAAAGCCAAGGGAUCUUCCUGUACCCGGAUGUGAAUUAAAAGGAAUACAUUUUGCUAUGGAUUUUCUUCAUGCAAACACCAAAAGUUUGUUGGAUAGCGAAUUGCAAGAUGGAAAGUUCAUUUCUGCAAAAGAUAAAAUGGUGGUUGUUAUAGGAGGAGGAGACACUGGAACUGAUUGUAUAGCUACAGCUAUCAGGCAUGGGAGCAAUAAUAUUGUGAACUUGGAGCUCCUUCCCGAACCACCCAAAUCCCGUGCUCCUGGGAAUCCUUGGCCGCAGUGGCCUCGAAUUUUCCGAGUAGAUUAUGGUCAUCAAGAAGCUAAAGCAAAGUUUGGUGAGGAUCCCAGGAAAUAUGAAGUCCUAACAAAAAGGUUUAUAGGAGAUGACAAUGGGAAUGUCAGAGGGCUUGAAGUUGUUCGGGUAAAGUGGGAAAAAGAUGAAAGUGGAAAGUUCCAGUUCAAAGAGAUAGAGGGCUCAGAAGAGGUUAUAAAAGCAGAGCUUGUUUUAUUAGCAUUGGGCUUUCUGGGACCAGAGCAGAACAUUGCAGAGAAGCUAGGAAUGGAAAGAGAUAACCGAUCAAACUUCAAAGCAGACUUUGGCCGCUUUGAAACCAACGUUGAAGGUAUAUUUGCAGCAGGUGACUGUAGGCGAGGGCAGUCACUUGUUGUUUGGGCCAUUGCAGAAGGGAGAGCAGCAGCUUGCCAGAUAGAUAAGUUUGUGAUGAAAGAAGAUGUUCAGUUGCUCACAACUUACCAAGAUGCAGUCGAGGGCAAGGAUAAACACCCAGCGUUUACUUGAAAUUGGAUGAAAGCUGAAUUGGCUGUUUCGUCUGAACAUUAAUAUCAUCAAAGGGCACAAUUCUUGACUGCUCGAUCAGAUUUGAGGGGCAUUUGAUACUUACUAAUAGUAACAAAUCUUGCAAAGGCAACAGCUGCCCUGGCUAUGGUCCUCCAUUGGAGAAGGGUCUACAUUAUGAUACUUUUGGCCUUGAUACAAGCAACUUUCUGUGGCCUGUGUUUUAUUUUGAUAAGUUGUGGUCGGCAUGGUUACGAAGAUAUCUUUUGGUCCCACUUUUGAUGAGUUGUGGGGUUUGCUAUUUUUGUCCAGGUCGAAGUAGAUCAUUGGUUUUUGUUGCCUUACAGUUUAGUUCAAGGCGUGUACAGUAGCAAUUCAUGCAUGCAUGUGUUUUCAGUUAUAAGAUUCAUGCUACAAGUUAAUGAUACAGGUGGACUGUGUACAGAGAUGUAAUUUGAGUAGAAUAAGAUCCAUUUUCUUUUGUUAUGUCAACCCUGGCAGUAACUGCACCAGGUUUUUAUCCUAUUUAAAUACAUGCGUAAGGUGUUUCUUGAGGUUCA